GUUCUGGCACCAGUCUGCUCUGCAAGCAGCGAAAGGUGGAGAGAUUUUCACCUUCACGCGCGCUGACUGUCACACACACAGAUACGAACGCACUCUGUGACAAAAACGGGACACAUCGAAACGCAACAGGACUAUGGACCUGAGCCUGCGAGACGCUCUGGGCGGAGGUGGGGUCCCAGGCGGGGCCCCCGCUGAGGCCCUGCUGAAGAGAGACUUCGUGGCCUCGCUGGAGAAGGAGAGCUACGAUGACAAGGUGGGGGAGACGGUCUCCAAGAGCGACUACCGGCCCUUACUGGACGGAAAGGACACCAAGAGCGGUCCAGGGAUGAUGUCGUCAAAGAUGUCAUCAGGUGGACGCCAAGACCCACCAGGACAGCCUGCCUUCGGCUCUGACUACCUGUCUGGUCCUAUGAUGGGUGGGAGGACAGAUCAAUGGAGCAUGAACAAGACAAAGGACAACAGCAUGCCUGACUCAUUUCUAGGCUUUUCUCAGUCUGGGAUGGGAGGGACCGUGGGGUCCGGCCUGCCACCGUUCCAGACCAGUAUGAGCACCACUCUCGGCCAGACUGGGAUGGGUUCGGCCAUGGACACCCAGAAGAGUUUGGGUCUAUUUGGCGUGGACAACAAAACCACCAGCAACACCAGUGGAAGCAGUCCGUUUAAAACCAGCGAUCUGUUUUCGUCUGGCGGCCCGGGAAUCCACUCCAUGGAUCACUCUACAGCUCCCAUCCUCUCUCCCAGCGGCUCAAUGGACGACAGCAGUCCCACCUCCUCCGACCCCCUCAGCCCCGAGAGAGUGGGGCCGGGGGGCGAGGCUAGCAAGGGAGAACAGAGGCGGCGGAAGAAGAAGAGGAAGGGCCGUGACCACGUCUACGACUUCUUGGCAAGCCAGAAGAAUAAUGUCGGCCAAUCAGACAAGGAUGGGAUGCAGGAUAAGGGCGGACCGGAGGCGGAGGAGGACGAGGAGGAGGACGAGGAGGAGAACUGGGAGUUGGAGAUCAGAGAGAGUGGAGGAGGGGGUAGGGUGAAAGGCAGGAAGACUAAGAGUCGGGCAAGACUUCCAGAGGAGUGGGGAGUGCCCCAGCAGCCCAGCUCUCCUGCGCCGGCUGCAGUCGCUCCCACCUGGGCUACAACUGCCAACUCUGGUCCUUUUGACUCCAAAGCUCCAGAUUCAAAGCCCAGCCCUGUUUUGCCCUCUGCCCCUGCACAAAUACCCACCAGUUUCACCAACCGUUCCCAUGCUAGCCUUGUAACAGAUGCAUCUCCACGCUCUUAUGAGCCGAUGUGUGUAGACGAUUUCCCCUUGUCUGAUAAAGAUGGUCCAAAAGCAAAUCAAGGGAAUGUUUCGGCGAGCAAACCUGAACAUAACAGCACAACGGCUAGUGUUGCCAUCAAGAGUAGUCCAGCUGGGGAUGUUGGUGGUUGUCUAGCAUUGAUGACCGGGGAAAAUCUGAGCACCGUCUCCCAGACCUUCUCCUUCCUGGAUUCAGUCCUCCAGACCUCUCCUGACUCGCAGACCACCACCCCUAUUACCAACACCCCUUCCCUUGCUACGACUGCCCUGACUAAGUCCACCCCAACAGAAAUCCCUGCUUUACAAGCCACUUCUGUUUUCAACCCUUUCAAGAUCACUCCAGACCUCCCUCUCCCUCCUACUUCCGCUUUGUCCACCAAGCCAUCACCAUUAGCUUCUGUAGGAACACGCCCUCCAACAACUGUGGUGGGAUCAGCCCUCAACGUCGAUGCCAAGCCGUUUGUCCCCAUGGCCACACUCUUGUCCUCCACAGCCACACCCAGUUUGACUGCAGCUACCGCCUCCGCUACCACUUCAGCCACGCCCCUUAUCCCCUCAGCUUCUCCCUGUAAGAAGGAAGCCACCCCCACAGCACCGUCAGUCACUCCCCCCAAAAGUGUAGCCACACCCUUUAGCUCAGCAACAGUCACUUCCCCACCACCCAUCACCCCCACAGCCCCUCCUUCUCUCCCUGCACACUCAGAGCACCAGGAGUCCUCGCCGACACAGCUUCCCCCACUGGAAGUGAAAUCGGACAAGCAGGAGAAGACGGACAUCAUGUCCGGCAAGGCGGACAAGUUCGACAACUUUGACAAGAAAGAGAAGGACGAGCAGCAGAAGAAGGGCACCAGCCCGGACAAGAACCAGAAGUCUGAGAAGAUCCUCAAAGACGAGGUGGAGAAGAUGAACGCGGAGAAAAGCAACAAGGCCAACGAGAAGGCCGAGAAGGUGGACAAGCCGGAGAAGACCAACAAAGACGACAAGAAGGAGGAGGAGAAGAAGGAGGAGAAGGGGGGGAAAGGGACGGCCAAGUCUCUGGCAGGAGACGGCGGCAAGACCCUGCCGAGCCCCGACGGCAAGAGCAAGCCUGAAGUGGGUUCAACUAAGCCAAACCCUACCAAAUCCCGCCCAUCCACCCUCUCCACCAAUGGCGAGGCCAACUUGGCCAAACGCCCCUCCCCCACCACAGCCAAUAAAAAAAGCCCUGUACCCAAGGCGACCACACCCACCGCCGCCAAGCGGCCACCGACGGCAACUGGCUCCGCCAAGACUCCUGAAAAUGAGAAACGCCCACCUGUGCCAAAGGUCGCGUCCACGCCCCGCAAGAACGGCUCCUCUGCGACGCCUGCAAGUAAAACUGCUGCAAACAAGAAUGACAAGACUGACAACAAGACGGGAGAGAACAAGAAACCCAAGACUACAGCUCGUCCUCGCCCGGCCUCCACCAUCACUCCUGCCGCCUCCACUAAUGGCGAAGCCUCUCACCGCCGCCGCGUCAUCACUAAGCCCCCCGUGCCCAAGCAGACCCCGAUGGAGAAGAAGCCGCCGGUGCCCCGUGCUCCUCGAAGCCCCCGACCCAUCAACGCUCCUACACCCGACCUGAAGAACGUCCGCUCCAAGAUCGGGUCAAUCGACAACAUCAAGUACCAGCCCGGUGGAGGAAAGGUCUCCUCCACCCCGAACAACAAGGCAUCAGACCCCGCCACCCCCGCCGCCAAGGCCAGAGUUCAGAUAGUGCACAAAAAGCUGGACUUCAGCCAUAUCACGUCUCGCUGUGGCUCCAAGGACAAUAUCAAACAUGUCCCUGGAGGUGGCAAAGUGCAGAUCCAGUACAAGAAGGUUGAUUUAAGCAAGGUGACGUCCAAAUGUGGCUCAAAGGACAACAUCAAACAUAAGCCAGGUGGAGGUGAUGUGAAGAUUGAGUGCCAUAAGCUAAACAUUAAAGCUAAGUCUAAGAUUGGAUCCAUGGACAACGUGGGGCCAGGCAACGAGCAGACCAACGGACACAAGGAGGAGAAAGCAGAGGAGAAGACAUCUUCACCCCAGAGUGGCGCUCCGACAACAGGACUGGCGGGUGUUGCUAAGGCAACGGCACCAGGAGGUGUUGGCAAGGAGAAUGGGGUGAAGGAGGCCACACCCACUCCUUUCGGGGGAGACGGACUGAGGGAGCAUAGCAUAGACAAACGCAUCACUGAGACAAAUUGAGUCCCAGUGACCAGUAGAUUUUGGCGGGACACGCAUGGCGCUCGUCGACCGACCAACCAACCUACCACGGCGCAGUCACUUCCCUUUGGCCCCGCCCUUCAUCUCGCCCACCGCAGCACCAAACUGACCGAUCGCCUCUCUGUGUUUCUCUGGGGGUUUCGCCUGCCGGCUUCCUGCUACCAACCCCUGACCGUUGACCUCUCAACGGUUGACCUUUGGCCCCGCCUACCACAGAGAAGAGCACUUCCUGUUUGUCUGUGUUUCUUGGGGUUCCGCCAGCUUCUCGGCUGAUAAAAUUCCCUUGUAAGCACUGAUUUAGAGGACUUAAACCCCAAAUUUAACACCCCCACAAUAAACCCACUAUUGUAGUCAAUGCUAACGGAAGUAUAUUGAACAUAGCCAGUCUUAGAAUAUUUCCACCUAUGAGUCUUAUACUGUUUUAACACUCUGAGGCUGAUCUAUGGUCCCUCCUACAGGCCUUCAAAAUUCAAAACCACUUUGAUCUUCAAACCUUGUUAGCAGACCUUGCUAGCGCCCAUUCUUAGUCCAUGUCCACUUAGCCCCUGACCACACUAACCAGCUGAAGGCCUGGCAAGUCUGCUUUAAAUCUACACAUCUACAGUAUCUACAGCAAUGCACGUUGUCAAGUCAAACAUUAUCUCCCAAUACAUCUCUUACAUCAUUGCACCAGUUUGUCUCACCCAGAUGUAUGACAACAAUGCUUCUUUAUCUUCAGCAGUAGCAGCGAUCAGCGCAGAGGACCGGGGCUUAUGUGGAGUAGAGAGGAUACUAUUGGAGACGUUUGGAAACGGAUCUGAAGGUGGGGUUCCAAAUCAGUGCAGAAAGUCAGAGUUUAGGAUGUCAGACGAUUCCUGUUUUAGGUUUCAAGAAAAGAUGCAUUCAAUGACAGUACAGUACAGAAAUGUAGAGGCUAUAACAAAGCAGACGGCUUUUGCCACAAUUGGAAACAUCAUUUAAUGAUGUGAUUAGUGCACGAGAAUCAUCAAGAGGCGAAAAGUGAUGGGGCUGCUCUUACCUUGGCUCAAGAAGAAUUUGGCACUGAACACAGGUAUUUGAUCUUGAAGUGGAAUGAGUUGGGAUCACAGUAUUUAACCUUGAAGGGUCUGAUCUUGAAAAGGACUACUCAACCCUUUAGAGUAAGUGUUAAACCUUGGAGUUCAACUGCUAGCUGCUGCACCUUUUAGUCAACAUGAAUGAGUCAAUACACAGAAUACUGAAUGUUACUGCGGACAACAUGACCCAUCAUGUCACACAGGCUGCUGGGUAAAGGCCUGGUCACGCCAACACAUCAAAUGGCGGGAUUUUAUCAAUUUGUGACAAUGGAAUCGGCAUGAUCUGCGAUUAAGGUCACGCGGUGUAAGUAAAACCAUGCAAAAUUCAGUCCUGGUCACGUGGUCGUAGCAUAAGUCCACAAACUACUGUGGGUGUUACAGAAAAACAGACCAAAAAUAAAGCACCGUUUAAUGUGUAAGACUUACAAACCCCUUAACCUUUAUUGAUAAAAAAGCUCAUACACUCUUAUGUCCGACCAUUUGCGUGGCAUAAAGUUUGGGGGCACUUAACCCUUUAGUCUUCUCAAUAAGACUAUUUCUGAGGGGUUGAACCCAAACCUCCCAUGUAUCCUUCCGUCCCACAGUAGACUCUCCUGUGAGCGGCCCCAGCAGUCCCCCUGAGAUGUGUGCAGCAUUCACAGUUCACAUAUGGCUAUCAGAGACAGACAGACAGACAGACAGUGCCCUCUUUCUCUUGCUCAUGUGGUACUUCCUGGUCAUG